AAAUCAUUUUCAAUGGAUGGGGACGCGUUUGCGGUCUUCUCCUUCUUUUCCUCCUCCGAUUUCCAGAGCAUUUCACUCUGUCUACGGUUACCUUUCCAAAUCCCACACCCCGGCGGGGAUCGAGGGUUUGGAUCGGUGGCAUAAUGAUGAAGCGAAUGUUCGAACGGGUAGUGGCGGUGGGCAGUGCACGAACUGGGAAGAGGCAAAUCGUGGAUACUCCACUGUGGAUGAGGGAGAUUUAGUCCCGCAGUUUAAAUAACAAGUGGAUCCAACAUAGUUACUUUGUGUGGCGGCAUCUGCUGAAAUUCAACGACAAUUAAGUUGAUUUCUGAGCAUUGUUUUGCUUUUGGAGGCCAGUGUUUGUUCCCACCAAUUUUAGCACCAUCAUUUCUAUCAGCACAAACCAAACAAUGGUGAAGUCAAUCAUAGCUGAAGCUGAAAACAAGGAUAUUGAGUUAGACAAUCAUUUUUCCUCUAUCACACACACAGAGAGCUUAAAGUGUGUUCACAAGGUGGGAUUCCCACCUCAGAGGAAAUUUGUCAAAGAAUUCAAAGAUGCAUUGAAAGAGACAUUCUUCGCAGACGAUCCACUACGCCCUUACAAGGAUCAGCCUAGAUCCAGGAAGCUGGUUUUGGGUCUUCAGUUCUUGUUUCCGAUCCUUGACUGGGGAAGAAACUACAACAUUUCUAAGUUUAAGGGUGACGUAAUUGCUGGUCUGACAAUUGCUAGUCUUUGUAUCCCUCAGGACAUUGGAUACGCUAAACUUGCUAAUCUUGACCCAAAAUAUGGGCUCUACUCUAGUUUUGUUCCACCACUAAUUUAUGCGGUAAUGGGUAGCUCAUUGGAUAUUGCUAUUGGACCAGUAGCAGUUAUCUCUCUCUUGCUUGGAACUCUUCUACAAAAUGAAAUAGAUCCUACAACUAACAAGGAGGAAUACCGUCAGCUUGCAUUCACAGCAACCUUUUUUGCUGGUGUCGUUCAAGCAGCAUUGGGUUUGCUUAGGCUAGGCUUUCUUAUCGAAUUUCUCUCACAUGCUGCAAUUGUUGGAUUUAUGGGUGGUGCUGCAAUUACUAUCGCUCUUCAGCAACUAAAGGGAUUUCUUGGAAUUAAAAAUUUCACCAAGAAUACAGAUAUUGUUUCCGUGAUGAAGUCGGUUUGGGGUUCUGUUCACCAUGGGUGGAACUGGCAGACAAUAUUGAUUGGAGCAUCCUUUUUGGCAUUUCUAAUGUUCGCUAAGUACAUUGGGAAGAAAAGGAAAAAGCUUUUUUGGGUACCUGCAAUGGCACCACUGGUAUCGGUUAUCGUCUCCACUUUUUUCGUAUACAUAACCAGGGCUGAUAAGCACGGCGUACAGAUUGUGAAAAAGAUAGACAGAGGAAUCAAUCCAUCCUCUGUCACCCAGAUUCAUUUCAGCGGCCCUUACGCUGCAAAAGGAUUCAAAAUCGGAGUGGUAGCUGGAAUGAUAGCUUUAACGGAAGCAAUUGCAAUUGGAAGAACAUUUGCUGCCAUGAAGGAUUACCAGUUGGAUGGAAACAAGGAAAUGGUUGCACUUGGAACCAUGAACAUAAUUGGCUCAAUGACUUCCUGCUAUGUGGCAACAGGUUCCUUUUCACGUUCAGCUGUCAAUUUCAUGUCUGGCUGUCAGACAACUGUGUCCAAUAUUGUUAUGUCACUGGUAGUGAUGCUUACCUUGCUAUUGAUCACACCUCUCUUCAAGUACACCCCAAACGCGAUACUUUCUUCUAUUAUUAUCUCGGCAGUGAUUGGUCUCAUUGAUUAUGAAGCAGCAUUACGCAUUUGGAAAGUUGAUAAGUUUGAUUUUAUUGCGUGCAUGGGAGCCUUCCUUGGAGUAGUUUUUGUAUCUGUUGAAAUUGGUCUCUUGAUUGCUGUCUGUAUUUCACUUGCAAAGAUCCUCCUGCAAGUAACAAGACCAAGAACUGCUUUACUUGGGAAUCUUCCAAAAACAACACUAUAUAGAAACAUUGAACAGUACCCAGAAGCAGCCAAGGUUCCCGGAGUUUUGAUAGUAAGAAUUGAUUCAGCUGUUUACUUCACGAACUCUAACUAUGUCAAGGAGAGGAUCCUAAGAUGGUUAAGAGAUGAAGAGGAGCAGCUAAAUGCUAAAAGUCUACCUAAAAUAACUAUAUUGAUUGUCGACAUGUCACCUGUGAUAGAUAUCGACACGAGUGGCAUCCACGCCUUUGAAGAACUCUACAAGACCCUCCAAAAGCAAGAAGUUCAGCUUGUUCUUGCAAACCCUGGUCCAGUGGUGAUUCAGAAGCUCCAUUUGGCGAAGUUCACAGAGCUGAUAAGCCAGGACAAGAUAUUCCUCUCUGUCGGCGAAGCCGUGAUGUCAUGUUCUUUGAACUCAAGGAGAGACGCAUGAACUUGAUGAAGUGCUGCAAGAUUCAUUCUUUGAUGAAUUGAAGUGGUCACUGCAAGAAGCUCAUAUUUUCCUCGAAAAAGAAUCAGAUGCUGCUUGUUUAUGUAUUUGCCUGAUUUUGGGUCUUUCUAUUGCGCAUGAGUUGCUGGGUUUCUUUCUCCUCAGCUUGCUAUCACACGAAUAAGAAUGCGAACUGUAGCAUUAACGAA